UUUGUGUUAAAACUCAUUAGUGUUAUUCACAAAUGUCCGUAAACCACCGUGGAACUCCGAGUAGAAACGCUGCCAUUACAUCUGAGGAACCCGCCCGAGAAUUAUCAGGGAAGGAACCUCCCCUGUCGUUACUUAAAGAGGUCAGACCAUUCACCGCUUCGAGCCGUUGAUCAGCUUCAGCCCUGACUGAGCUCAGAGUCUGAGGAUGAAGAUCGCUGUGCUGGGAGCCACCGGGCAGACUGGUCAGUUUCUGGUCAACCAGGCGCUGCAGCAGGGUCACAUGGUCACCGCCAUCGUCAGGAACCCGGGAAAACUUGCCAUACAUCAUGAUAAUCUCAAGGUGGUGGAAGCUGAUAUUUUCUCUGCGGACAGUCUGAAGAGUCAUUUCAGAGGACAGGAUGUGAUCAUGUCCUGCCUCGGCUUCCCGACCUCCUUCUUCUCGGCCGUGUCGGGCUACACCCUCUCCAUGAAGGCCAUGAUCAGCGCCAUGCGAGAGGCCCGCGUCAACAGGAUCAUCACCAUGACCUCCUGGUAUACUGAGCCUAACUCAGGAACUCACUCGCCUUACCUCAUCCGCUUCCUCCUGCUGCCGAUGAUCCGAAGCGUCCUCACCAACAUGUACGAGAUGGAGCAGUUUCUGCAGAAGACUGAGGACGUCACCUGGACUGUGGUCCGUCCACCUGGACUCAAGAACCUGCCGGCCUCAGCUCAAGAGUUUCUGACCCACGAGGGAUACUUCGUGCCCCACAGCGAUGGUCAGCCAGCAGGUAGUGCGGUGGGAAGAGGAGACGUGGCUCGCUUCAUGCUCUCUCUAGUCAGCAGCAACGCCUGGGUCAAGAGGGGGGUCGCCAUUACUACCAAAUGAGAAAAGAAGAAGAGGAGUUAACGUUGCCAAAGUGUCAGUUCAGAAUACAUUUUAAAAAGAAAACCUCAGCCGCAGUACAGCAGAGGUAAAUGGAAGGUUUUGGUUUUCAAAAUAUUAUAAUUUUAAGUCUAAUCUUCAGAUAUUUCCUAGUGACCAUUUUGUAAAAAUAAAUGGGACUUCUCCAAAUGUGUCAAACCAAAACCCAAAGAUCUUUUUAUGUUUCUAUUAUAGGGGUAAAACAUUGUACAAUUCUAAAGAUUUUCUUUUGACUAAUGGAUUAAUUAACAAAUUGUUUCUGCUUCAAGCUGGUCACUGUGAAAGUUUGACUGCUUCAGGUAGUAACUGUCUUCAUGGCAGAUUCUGCCAGAGGAAGGGUUGGGUUGAACUGGCCCUUUAACAACGUGCAGUUUAUUUUCCUACUUCAACAGUCCAUCAUUGCCUUAUAUGUUUUUCUGCGGACUCUUGUUUAUAUGUUUUUAUGAUCAGUGAAAACCACUACAUUACUCAGCGAGGUUACACGGCUCUCGCUGAUGAGUUUGUAAGACAUGAUUCCAGCCACACGAGGGCAGUGUGGUGCCACCUCCUGCAGCAGCCACAGCACUGCAACUUGAUUUCAUGUAAGAAGUCUUUUUGCUUAUAUUUACAGUAGAUAUCUCAGAAUGAAAUCAACCUUCAUUGUUCAGUAUGUUGCACCAUGUACUCAUAAGCAGUAAUUUAAAUAAAAAUGUACCACAUUACUUAAACAUACACUCAGGAGACAUCUGUAUGUACAGUGAAUUUUAAGUUUAAGAAAUUGUGGUUUCUCUAAGAUCUAAAAUUAAAAGAUCAUUGC